AUGUACUACAUCUUGUAUAUAAGUUUACCUCUGAUAACUUCUCCCUUUCCAAUGGUAAAUGUAAAAGUCCUGCCUUUGUCCCUUGACGAAUCGAACUUUUUUCCGUUUUCGUCAUCUAGCCUUCCUGUUAAAAUUAGAAGUAAAACUCGGCUUUAAGACCCAACUUUUUUACGCUAUACAUAAGCGUUACAUACGAAGCGUUUUUAAGCUAUACAUACCAGUGUAGUGAACUUCCACUUUUUGACCUCUCUUCGGUGACACUUAAAUAAGCAGAAUUGAAAAAUUAAUCACCUGCAAAACGAGUUUGAUUGUACGUAAAAAAAGGGAAAAUACCUCCUGUUCCCUCCUGCUGGACAAGACGCUGUAACCCAGACAUGAUCACUGAAGACUUCGGCGAAGGCGCUAAGGACCAGAAGGACUUAUGGGUAUGAUACCCACGUGAUUAUCAAGAACCUCUCUAGAGUGGGUAGAGGGAAGGGUUACGGUAUUUUUCUGGGGUAAUUUCGCUUACAGUAAACUGAAUCUAAGAAUAAGACGAAAGCAUGACUAAAAACUGCUUAUUCACUUAUUUGUUCUGUAUUACCCAUGAAUGACUUAACAUUUUCCCUGGGUAGCCAGGAGAACAGUUUUUGCGCACCCUAGACUAGACGGUACAGUAUCUGCCAAGUUUGUUUUGUUUCGGCGCUGCAAUGUUCAUGUGUUUGUUUGCCGGGGCAAAAUUUCAUUCUUGCCGCUGGAAAGAUAUAUAAAGGAUAGUUUUUAGUUUCACUACUGUGUCCACUUUGAGAAGAAGGUAAUAUUACCACAGCUCUUCUCGCAGUUAACUGAGAAAACUUCUCUUUUUAGCCUCAAGAAUAAGUAGAACAUUGCCAUUUGGCUUAGUGCCAUAUUAGUGGACAUAGUGGUGUGUUGUUGACGUUUCGUCGACAAAAAGAGAUAGCUUCAUUUAAUUUACGGGAUAAAACAGUGAGAAUGGUCCUAUGAUCCAAAGGAGAGCCUCAGUGCUUUAAUAUAAGGUAGGUAGUUGCUGGUAGAUUUAAUGGGUCAGUUCUUUAGAGAAAUUUUAGACGUCAAUAAACAAAAUGUUUCGGUUGAAAACUUGAGCUUACACGUAAGAAUUUUUCUUGAAGAUAUAAGCUAAAAAACUGAGGAUUAGAUGCUCUUUUAGAGAGGAGAAUGCAGUUGUGUGCUGUUUUAUUUAUGUAUAUGUUACAGGUCAGAAUUAAAUUCAGGUUAGAUUUUUUAACCUAGUUUGAUUCUAGAUUUCCUUUGUUUCCUAAGGAAUUGAGAUUCAACCACUAGGUUAAAAAAUUUAAUCUGAAUUUAAUUUGACCUAGCUGUAACAUAUAUAUAAAUAAAACAGCACACAACUACAUCCUCCUCUCUAAAAGAACAACUAAUCCCCGGUCAAGUCAACAAGGCACAGAGAAAAACAGGACGCAUCACCCUGCUCAAUGUAAACACUUCUUUAUUAUGUAUUUUUAGUUUAUUUAUGAUAUUUUCUGUUUUGGUUUUCCUACAGUCUGACAAGUAUUUGGAAAAUCAACAUUAUUUUAUUAGAAGAGAAAGAAGGACUUAAACGUCAUAAAUUUGUAAUUCUAUUUUCUGAUUUUCCUGGCUUUAUUAAUACUAUGGGUGGAGCUGUCAGUGCAGGACAAGACAUUGAUGAAUUAGUUGACAAUCUUAAAGAAGCAAGCUAUAUCAGAUCGCCAGAAGUGGAACGUGUUUUCCGUGUCGUGGAUAGAGCAGAGUAUUUUCCGGAGGGAACAGAGCAGCAUGCUUACAAAGACUUAGCUUGGAAACAUGGUAAUAUACACCUCUCAGCUCCUUGUAUUUAUUCUCAAGUCCUGGAGUCUCUUGAGCUCAAGGAAGGACUCUCAUUUUUGAAUCUUGGAAGUGGGACGGGCUACUUGUCUACUAUGGUUGGCUUGAUCAUCGGUUCGAAUGGCAUAAAUCAUGGAAUUGAAUUAUUUGAAGAUGUGGUACAGUUUGCGGAGGAGAAACUUGCCAACUUUUUAAAGACAAACCCUUUUUACCAGGGAACCAACUUUAGCGAACCAGUUUUUGUUGUUGGAAAUUGUUUAUCUUUGAACACUCAUUACAGACAAUACGAUCGUGUUUACUGUGGUGCAGGUUGUCCUGCUGAAUAUGAGGAUUACAUGAAGUCUCUAGUGCGGGUUGGUGGCAUUUUGGUCAUGCCUUUCCGUGACAAGGUAAGAAAUUCUGUUUUGUGA